GCUGAGCAGGGAUGUUCUUGUGGUGCAUCAUUUGCAGUAAGAUUGGACUGAUCAUUCAUAGUCAUGAAGGGCGUAAAAUUAUAUACGAUCUUGUAACAAAAUGGUUGAACAGCAGAGGCAGCGAGUUGAACAGGAAAUGAGCAAUUUAGUAAAUGAAAUUGAUCGUGAUUAUCUCAGAAAGAUGCAGGCAGACAUGCAUAGAUGCGCCAUAAAAUGUUGUGAAAAUGAUUCUUAUAGCGUUGAGAAAGUGCAACGGUGUGUUGAAACAUGUUCACUGCCCCUUCAAAACGCACAAAACUAUGUCCAAAAAGAGCUUGAACAGUUACAGAGUAGACUGCAACGAUGUGUUAUGGAUUGUAACGAUGAAAUUAAAGAUAAAAUGGGUCCGAAUCCAUCAGACAGUGAGAUUGAAAAGUUUACAAACAUGUUUGAAAAAUGUGCAGUUAAAUGUGUUGAUAAGCAUUUAAACAUAAUACCGCAAACAACAAAGGCAAUAAAGACAGUUCUUACAAAAGGAAUGGAAAAGAGGAGUUAAUAUGAGUUGUUAACUAAAUGUAGAGGAGAAUAUCAAAGUGUUACCUGUAGUAUCACAAACUGUUAUUAAUUUAAUGUUUGAGAGUAUCAAAUAAACACCAAAACUUCCUUCAAA